AUGCCCCCGGCAGCAUCAUCAGCAACAUCCUCUUCUUCUUUACCAGUAGGCUGGUGGUCACGGCUUGAGCUUACUGCUGGCCAACGGCCACGUUUGGGGCCCGCCGAAUCUGAGUUAUUGGUUCAAAACAAUGUCGGGCUUUAUCAGGAUAAACGUAAGGCGCCACUUUUCCCCAGCGGCCGUGUUUACUUGACGUCCAAGCGCAUUUGCUACGUCGAUUCUGCAUGUCCUGCUGAGCGCUCCAUUGAACUGGCAUUAUCAGAUAUCAAGGGUAUUGAGUUUUACGGCGGGUUUAUGCGUUCAUCUCCCAAAAUCACUCUUCGCAUGGGUCGUGCUGACGAAAAUACCCCACUGCGAGCAAGUAACAGCACUAGUUCAACUACAAAUUCAAGCUCAGUACCAUCACCGUCUCCAUCUUCCAUCUCGUUGCCAUUAACUGCAUCUCCUUUGACUGCUCGUCGAAGGAAACUCCCGUUUCAUGAAGUUUCGUGGAUUUGUCCCAUUUGCUUUUUUGCAAACUCACUCCCCCGCGACUUUGAGUGGCCCACCCAAGAGCUACUGCCUAACGAUAUCGCUGCGCUUCGCGAUCCGGAAGGCAACACAGGAAUGCCUCCAUGUUCUACAUGUGGAAUCAAGCCAGCCCGCAAAGUUAUAUUCCAAGCCAUUGCUCAGAUUCUCGGACCUACACGUUCUGGAACUGAAACACCGACGCUUGCUCCGCCAAAACAAACGUCACCACUAGCAGCAGCACCAGCACUAGCGCCGACACCACCACAACCGUCAUCAUCUGGGAUCCCAGAUCUAAUGAUGAUGAUUACCGAUGACGAUACAAACGGGUCGGCUCUGAUACCCACAAUGGCCGACACGGCUGUUGCAAAAACUGAUCUACCUGUAAAUGGUGACAAUAAUACUAAUACUAAUUCUAAUAAUAAUGAUGAUAAUGAUGAUAAUGAUGAUAAUGAUGAUGAUGAUGAUGACGACGACGACGACGACGACAACGACGACGGGUUUGCAUGUCCCAGAUGUACCUUCAUUAACCACCCCUCGCUCAACUUUUGCGAAAUGUGUGGCGCACGGUUAGUUUCGGCACAUAUUCCACCACAGUUGAACCGCGUGCUUGUAUCAGACCAGUCAACGGUCCCAAGUACCCAAACCAUGGCGGCACGGCGGCCGUUUCAAAGUAGUAGUACCAGCACGGCAUCUGCAGUACUGCAGUACGAUGAUGACGGGUACCUUGUGUCGUUGCUUGGAACAGAUGCGCUCCCUGAUUCGUUUGCAGAGCAGCAACAACAGCAAGUGGGUCAGCCGCUAGCAUACAAGCUGAGUUUCCGGUCGGGUGGGGAUAAACAAUUCUAUGACGUGCUAAAGCAACAGUUGGCCAAAAUCAAGGUUGCAAAGCAGCAACAAGAAACUACUGAGAGACUUACAUCAUUUCCGUCAACAUCUAGUACAUCAGCAACACCUGGGAACUCAACGAGUGGUACGGCUCCACAGGUUUCCGACAAACUGGCUAUGGGAAUCCACGGGCUACAACUUUCGGUGGAGUCGCAGCGCGAACAUAACCGACAGGUUCUAGGUGCUGGUCUUGAGGACCUUACAGAGCUUAUGGCUCGAGCCCAAGAUUUGAUCAAGCUUGCAGAUGACUAUGCCCGGUUUUUGGAGCACACCCCAGCUUCAUCAUCGGAAUCAUUGGCAGCUGCACAAGAGGCUCGGCGCUCGCUUGCAUACUCGACUCAAGCGCUGGGUCUCUCUUCAACAGUCGUCACGAAAGAUAUGGUUGCAUCGGAGGAUUCCAAAUUAUACUAUGCGGAGCUUGCCAGACAAAUUGCAGAAUUUUUAAUGGACCAUAAACAUUGGCACGCGAGCACGAAUGACUUAUACGAAGGCUCGACUAACGGCAGCACAUUUCCGUACCAGCCGCAGAAAAAUCAGGCAACUCAGCCUCACAUUCAGGAGCAUCAACAUCAGCAUCAACAACAACAUCAACAUCAACAUCAACAACAACAACAACAACAGCAGCAGCAUUAUGCAAGUGUGCUGGAACGUGAGGGUGGCAUUAUUACGCUUUUUGACUUAUUUGCAGUUUAUAAUCGUGCGCGCGGCGUCGCCCUCAUCUCCCCAAAAGACUUGGCGUCGGCUUGUGCUCUAUUUACGGACCUAGCGCUACCUGUGCGGCUCCGCUCCUUCCGUUCGGGACUCACUGUUGUCCAAGAGGCAUACAAGACCCCAGAAGUCAUUAUGCGCAGCGUGCGUCGUUGGAUGGUACAGCGCGGUGAAGAGGCUUGCAAAAAUAUAACUACCAAGAAGGAAGAGUACUUGGGAUUUGAAGGGUCAGGAGUUACGGCUGUUGAUGUAUCUUCAAAGUUCCGUUGGAGUGUAAUGAUUGCAGCUGAGGAACUCGAACUUGCCGAAGAAAACGGUGAGUUGUGCAGAGAUGACCAAGUUUCUGGUACAGUAUUUUACGAAAACCUCUUUGAGUCUUUUAAAUGGGACCCUAAGGAUAUUUUUAAAAGUAAUGAAAAAUAG